AUGGCUAUUGAGGGGUAUCGAAUUGUCCACGGAGAGAAUCCAAAACCUGAGGUUGCGACUGAUGCUACUCCAACACAAGUAGCUGCUUUCGCCGCGAAAUUGAAACACAAAAUAGAGGCUGCGAUUCACACGCUCCAGCAGGAGUGGUUCCUGCUGGCCGAGGACCCCAAGGACGACAUCGCAGAACACGUCUCCAAAGUGCAGAGCGUCGCUCACAAACUCAAGGCUCUGGUUGAGACAGUUUCAGAUAGUAUGAUUAUGACAAAAAUUCUGUUGACACUGCCACCUACCCUUAACCAUUUCUGUUCAGUCUGGGAGUUCACUGCACUGGCUGAGCGAACGCUGAAUAACCUGAAAGCGAGGUUGAGUGCAGAAGAAGCCAGAUUGAAACAUCAAGAGGAUCAGAGCAAUCUCAGUGGCCUCAUCACCACGUCAAAAGAUGCAAAAAAUCAAGCAUUGGCAGCAAAGCACUACAAAAGCAAUGAUCAUAAAGAACUUGGGAAGAAAAAGAGCUCAGGUCAUGGGAAAAAGUCAGGACAGUGCCAUUAUGGUCAUAACCAAGGUCAUUGGGAAUAUGACUGUCGUGAGAAAUUGAAAUAUCUCUCCAACCGUUACGAGAAGGACGCAAAAAGUUCCAAGAGUCAUGGAAGAGCUCUGAUGACUCAUGUGCUGUCUAUGUUACCCACAUCCGAGAGUUCAAAUGAGGACUGGUAUCUAGAUUCAGCAGCGUCGAGUCACAUGUCCCCACGAAAAGAAUGGUUUGUCAACCUGGAGCCCUUGAACUUCCCUGAGCAGAUCAUGAUUGGGGAUGGAAAAGUUAUAAUAAGAUCUGCAAGGGGAGACAUAAAUGUCCUGGCUUACGAUGGGGAAGAAUGGGUGCCAAAGCACAUACAAAAUAUUCUAUAUGUGCCAGAUAUCAGAUUCAACCUGUUCUCAACGGAGGCCGCGACUGACAAGGGUCUCCUACAUGUGGCCACGAGCACAGGUGCCUCGUUUAAGAGAAAUAGGGAAACAGUGGCGAUUAGAGAACGUGAAGACGUCCUGAAAAAUUAA